AUGGCAAGAGAGGAGUGCAAGGCGCUGCUGGACGCUCUCAACAAGACCACCGCAUGCUACCACCACCUGGUGCUGACCGUCGGCGGCUCGGCGGACUCGCAGAACCUGCGUGAGGAGCUGCAGAAGACGCGCCAUAAGGCGCAGGAGCUGGCGGUGGCCAUCCGCGCCCCGCUGACAGCCGCACUUCGCGAUCGGAGCCUGGCGGCCGAGGAGCGCGCAGAGUUUGAGCGCCUCUGGGUGUCCUUCUCCGGCUGCCUGGACCUGCUGGAAGCCGACAUGCGGCGUGCGCUGGCCCUGGGCACCGCGUUCCCCCUGCACACCCCGCGGCGACCGCUGGUGCGCACCGGCGUAGCGGGCGACUCCGCGGGCGUAGCGGCGCGCGCCCUGAGCGCCCGCAGCCUGCGCCACGAGGCGGGGGGCGACUUCGACGUGGCUGACCUGAGCGUGCUGGAGCGGGAGAUCCUUCAGGUGAGCGAGAUGAUCCACGACAUGGAGAUGAAGGUCAACGUGCCCCGUUGGACCGUGCAGGCCCGCCAAACGGCGGGCGCCGAGCUCCUGUCCAGCGCCAGUGCCGGCUCGAUGGGCGGCGCGUCUGUACAGGAGCGCACCAGGCCUUGCGACGUGAGCAAGGCCCUAGCCGCCACCGUUUUCAGCGCCGUGCUGCUGGCGGCCGUGGCCCUGGCCAUCUCCGUGGCGAAGCUGAGCUGA